GGCUUGGCAGUGACGCCGCGGCCGCCUCUCUGUUUGCACGCGAGACCCCCAGCGCUCCUGACGCCGCGCGCUCACCCAGUCACUACCUGCGCCAAUACCAAUACGUUCUUGAUUGUUCUCUUACGCCGUGAUUCAGACGCCUCCCACGUACGCUACCACCGGCCCCUCCGCGUUAGUCUGAAGAGCGUCUCACUUUAAUGAGGCUCUGGUGACGUGAAAGGAUCUCUCUGGUGACUCGUAGGAGCUCCGCAGUGACUCGAAGGAUACAACGUCCUUCGCAUAUUGUAAACUUUGUCUCCCAUUUUUGUUAAAUACACAGACUGGCAUUUCAAAGGGUUCCCUUGACCCAUAAAGACCUCACUAGUGACUUAUAGGACCUCUGCGGUGCUUGGUCGGAUAUCACCAGGAUACCAGCGCCCUAUACAGCGCUGCCGCUCUCCAGCCUAGGACCCUUGUGGUGUCAUAAAGGACCUCUUAGUGGCCAUUAGGAUCCUUGAAAUGCCUCUUACACCCUGACCCUGUUGGUAGGACACUAGGACCCCUUAUCACUGAAUCCUCUGACCCUUGUGAUGGCUGUUAGGAUCCCUAGUGACAGGUGUUAGGUGCUCGCUAGGACGUCAGUGUCAGUGGCGGUAGACAAGGUGAACAGAAGCCUAUUGAAGGAUAAUUGCUAAUAGGCCUCUAAUACGACCCCCACUACCCUCUCACCUAUCUUUGUCUCCUGACCUUUGUUGCCUCACUAAACGGCCGUCACUGUCGCCUAAAGGGAGGAAAGGUGCUAAGUGCUGACACCCAUUCAUUCUCUCUCUCUCUCUCUCUCUCUCUCUCUCUCUCUCUCUCCCUUCGACCCCUUUCUCCCUCCCUCCCUCCCUCCUCCCGUCUCUCAAUUCAACGGCUCCAGUCUUCCUUUUCUCCUCCGUCUCCCCUUCGUCAGUACAAUAAUAAAUCAGGUUAAUUCUCUCCUCAUAUUUUCCGUUUCAGUAUAACGUAGACACAAGUUCCGUCUUUCCUUUUCCGAACAGAACAUCGCCAAUACUAUUUCAAAUAAAGGGCAAAUUUCCUCUCCCUCCUCCCUCCUUCCCUUUCUUCCCUUCUCUAAUCCGAUUCUCAAUAUAAGGUGGAGGCCAGGUAUAUUUUCUUCCUUCCCUCUUUUCCUUCUCAAAAUAUAACCGAGAAAGGAGCUGAUUUCCUUCCGUCCCUCCCUCGGCCGUCCCUUCCAAAGUCAGAGCAGCGUGAAAGGACCAGACUCCCUGCCUUCCGUUCCCUUCCCUUCCUCUUAAGUAGGUGGGCGGGGGGCGCAGAAUUAUUCCCCUCCAGCCUAACUCUCUCCACUGACGCAGAAGAGCUCUCUCCCUCCCUUUCUUUCCCUUCCUCCCCGAUAUAGGUUAGGCGACAGCUGCUUCCCUACACCUACCGUUCCCUACCCUUCCCUAUCCCGCACUCCCUCCCUCGCUCCCCUUAGUAUUGUGUAACGCAAAAACUCGUCCCCUUCCCUCCCUCCUCCUUCCACAAAGGCUCGCUUCCUCCCCUCUCAUCAUCCCUCUUCACUCAUCACAGAGAAGGGGGCAGUUUUUCCUUCUCUCUAUCUCCCCUCUCACUGGGUAGAUAGAUGUUCCCUUCCUCCCCUCGCUUCAUACUUCUCUACUUGGUAUAAAGAAGAGAGCACUCUUCAGCCCUCCCUUCCUCCCUCCCUCCGACGCCUUUCUAUAAACUGGAGAGAUAGAUCUUCCUUUCCUCCACUCCCUUCAUUCCUUUCCACUCGAUAUAAAAAAUAGCAGUUUCCCGCCGUACCUCUCCCCUACCUACCUCCCUCCCUCCUUCCCGUCCACUGAGAGGACCUGUGGAGCACAAGGGCGCCUCGCCGGAGCGGCGGAGGCUGCGUGCGUGGCGCGGCGUCAGCUGAGGUCAGGCGGCGGGGUGGUGGUGGUCAGCGCGGGGCGGGGCGGGGCGGGGCGGGGCACACAAAGGAAGGGGGCGUGAGAGUGUGCGUGUGUGCGUGCGCGAGGACGUGAGGGGCGCGGGGGGGGAGGCAACAAUACUGACUCAACAAGUGGCAGCGCCUUGCCGCCAGCGCCGCCACCCAGCCAGCCGCCGCCGCCGCCGUCCAGCCGGCAUAGUGCCACCCGCGGCCCGGCACCAGCACGAUGUGACACACACGCUCCGGCACACACCGCGACCCGCGACCCGCCGAGUGCUGACCGUGACCCCGUGACCUCGUGACCCCUUGACCCCGUGACCACAGCCUCUGGUGUGCCUGGCCAGUCCCUGCAGCCACCCUAGCCGCCCCCGGGGCCAGCAGGAGCCCCGCGGGGCCUGAGAAGCCGCCAGCAUGACGUCGGAGAAGGGCGCGUCCCAGCAGGCCGAGGUAAAGCCCCCGCGCGGGUGUGGGGUGUCGCCGCGAGGAGCGCGAGGCCUGGCGUGGGAGCUGAGCCGCUGCGUCACGGAGCUGGUCGCCUCUACCCCGAAUCAGCGGAACUGGCGAGGGAUUCUGAUCGCCCUCCUGGUCAUCGGGUGCGUGUGCGGACUCAUCAUCUUCUCCGUAGUCCUGCUCACGCCCCCCGACGCCGGCCCGAGGUUUAGCGGGAACAGAUUCACGUUGGAGGAUGUGCUGAGCGGCGCCUUUGCCACUCCGAAGUUCAACGGGAAAUGGAUAUCAGGAGCCGAGAUCGUGUUUGGGGACGAGAGCGGCGGCGUGAGUCUCCUGAACGUGCUCACCCUCAUCGUCACUCCCCUCGUCUCAAACUUUACCUUCCGUCGCCUAAACGUGGAGGAAUUCGAUGUGUCUCCUGACAAGAAAUACAUCCUUCUCAAGCAUGACAUUCUGCAGAAUCGUCAUUUCCGACACCUUGCCAAGUAUACAGUGCUUGAAAUGGACUCUGAGCGCAUGGUCUCGGUGACGCCCUUCCCGUCCCAGGAGGGCCACCCGGCGCUGCAGCACGCCCAGUGGGUCCCCGGGGAGGCGGCGGCGCUCGUCCUGGUGCACCAAAACGACGUGUACUUCAAGGAGUCGCACGCUUCCCCCGUGGUCACGCGCCUCACCACCACGGGGCACACACACCUGGUCUUCAACGGGAUCACGGACUACUUGUACCGAGAGUACAUCCUCCACUCGGUCUCCGCCGUCUGGGCCAGCGGGGAGGGGACAAGGCUGUGCUACGCCACAUUCAACGACACCAACGUCCUAGAGAUGAAAAUCCCACUCUAUACGGACAUCUACCCGACCAUCCAGACUGUGAUGUACCCCAAGGUGGACACGCCCAACCCGUCGGUGGCGCUGUGGGUGGUGGAGAAAGCACAAGAAUGGAAAGAUAAAAGAGUGCAAAGCCAGUCAGUGGGCCUGUGGGACCACUACUUCACGGCGGUGCAGUGGGUGGACGAGGACACGGUGGCGGUGGUGUGGCGGAACAGGGCCCACAACAUCAGUGUCUUAACCACCUGCACGCCGCCCAUGUGGUACUGCGAGGAGCUUUACGUCGAGGAGACUGCCCCAAGACGCUGGGCCACCAUUGAACAGGCGCCUCUCUUCGCCAACAACGGCACGAAGUAUCUGACGGUGGCGCCGCUGGUGGAUGGGUCCCUCGGCACUUACCCCCACGUGCACCAGGGCAUCAAGGGCUCCAGACACCUCAUCCCCCUCACGUUCGGCCCCUACACCGUGUUCUCCGUCCUGGCCUGGGACGUCGAAAACCAUCAUGUGUAUUACGUGGCGAACACAGAGGCGGAGGAGAGUGAGAGACACCUGUGGAGGGUGACGGAUGUGGCUGCUGAUGAAUCGAGGGUGCAGGAGUGCCUCACCUGUAGCCUUAAUUACACCACACCUGUCUGCCGCCACUUCACGCCACACAUGGGCCCCGACAACUUCAAUGAGGUGCUGCUGGAGUGCGAGGGGCCGGGCGUGCCUCACACCGUCAUCUUCUCGCUGCUGGAGGAGGAGGUGACGCUCUUCGUUCACAACAACACCCGCCUGAGGAACCUGACCGCCACCAUGGCCUGGCCGCAGCGCAGAGAGUACCGCGUCAAGCUGGACGGCGACUUCACGGCCAAGGUCCGUCUGAGCCUCCCGCCGCAGUUCUCCGACGAAGAGGCGUUCCUCCACCCCAUGGUCGUGUUCGUGGGCGGCGUGCCAGGCCAGGAGCAGUUCAGCCAGCGGUGGGGCGUGGGCUGGGCUACGUAUCUGGCCUCGAACAAGUCAUGGGUGGCGCUGGAGGCCGAGGUGCGGGGCGCGGCGGGGCAAGACUUGGGCCACAUGUACAAACCCGCCUGGCGCCUGGGAGACCACGAGGCGCGGGAUUACCUGGCGCUGCUCAGGUCCCUCAUCGCCAAGCUGGAGUUUCUGGACGAGUCUCGCGUGGCGGUCAUCGGGUGGGGCCACGGCGGGCACAACGCAGCGCGCCUCGUCAUCGCAGACACAGAGGGCAGCGUCACCAGCGUCGCUCUUGUUAGCCCUAUAGCCGAAUGGUCACUGUAUGCCUCCUACUACAGCGAGAGGUUGAUGGGCACGGCGCGGGUGGUGCCUGGAGGGAACUACCGAGGCUACGAAGAAAGCUCGCUCCUCCUGCAGGCGGCAUCGCUGAAGAACAAGUCCCUUCUGCUGGUGCACGGGACGGCGGAUACUGACGUGCACUUCGACCACACGCUGAAACUGUCCCGUGCACUCACCAAGGCCGGGGUGAUCUUCAGGCAACAGACGUACACGGACGAGGGGCAUGACCUUGAGCGGGUCCAGCUGCACCUGUACCACACGCUGGAGCAGUACUUCGAGGCGAGCUUCCCUCCGUACAACGAGGAGGAGCUGAGCUUAAUGUUCGGCAAGGACGCCCUCCCAUAGUUGCAGAGGCGCGGCGGAGACACCGACAACAACAGCAACAACAACCCGGGGAUGCUGGACGUGCGGGGGGCGGCGAGGCGGGCGUGGAGGGUCAUGGUCUUGUGGUCCCGGUGGCUGGGGCUCCUCUUGGCGGGGCCCUACUGCCGCGUGCCGGGGUGCGGAGUGCUGACAGCCGACCAUGGGACGCCCGGGGCCCAGCUCUGACCGCUCCGUCUUCAAGCAUCCUUAGCAUCCACUAGUGAGGACCCUGAAAAAGUCCACUGAGGGAGUCCAGCCCGCCGUCACCCCGCCAGCCCGGUGAAGGUGAAGAUUUCAGGAGUCCCCUUCCCUUAGUGGACCUCUGAGGCAGAAUUUUGGACACAGAAAGACGUGGCUGACGAUGAUGCUUCCAUGAGACACUCCUGAGGUUUGGUGGCGCAGAGUUGCGUUCACAUCUCUUGGUGGACUUCUGAGGUAGAAUUUUGGAGAUUUUUGAACCCCAAAAGAAGUGGCUGACGUUGACGUUUCCGAAAGACAUCCCUGAGUCUGUAGACGUGGCAGAGACGCCUCAGAGGCAGACAAGAACGAGACAGAGGUUCUAAUCGCACUACCGUAAGACAUCCCUGAGACUUUACCUGUGGCAUAAAGGCCUCAAGAGGAAUCAAGUACGAGUAACAGAGGUUCUCAUCACACCUGACGAUGAUGAUGCACUGAGGUUCGUUCAAGCGAUCAGAUACGGAACUUCACUCGGUAAGGGAGAAACAACCUAUGAAAAGCCCGCCACAAGCACGAAAGACAAAGGUUCCAAUCGCGCCUCCUUAUGGCACACUGACGUUCUCUUGAGCGAUCGAACUUUACUUCACCUUACUCGAUUAGGGAGACACAGCCCCAUGACACAGCCUGCCACAGGAGAAAAAAAAAACAGGUUCUGACUCCACUGAGGUUCUCGUAAGCGAUCAAACUCUAUAUCUUAUUCGGUUAGGAAAAGGAACCCCGAAAUAGACAACUAGGUCUCUCAUUCUGAAGUAGAUUAUGUGUAUUUUGGAGUCUUAGAAGUGGGUGGUCAUGAACACAGUCAGUCCGGCAGUCAAAUAGGGUCAGGGGGUUAGAAAAUAAGACACACACACACACACACACACACACACACACACACACACACACACACACACACACACACACACACACACAACCUGACCUAAACCAGCACCUGUAUUAAUUAAUUUGUAAAGGUGUGCGUUUGUAGGUGACCCUCUCUGUCUAGACACAUCCUUUAGUUCACGCCACGAAAUGAGAGAUGGAAAUUAUGGGAAUAACAACAAGAUAAAAGAUAAAAAAUGACGAGCAGGAAACGGAAGAUGAGACUUGGCAUAAAUAACGAUAGGGGAAGGAAUAACAAAGAAAACAAUAAUAACGGAAACAUGAAAGUAAAAUAAGUGAUAAAUUUGAAUGAUCAAGAGAGUAAAAGAUAAAGGCUGAGAAUAAGCGGUGAAUUAGAAAGGAAAAUAUGAUGAAAGAUAGGAUACAAGAACAAAAACAAUGAUAAGGAAAGAAAUGUAGAGAUUAAGGAAGGAAAUGGAUAAUGGAAGGUAGAGGAUAAUAAUAAUAAUAAAAAACGACAAAAAAUGAAGAUAGAGAACAAGAAAGGUUAAAGAUAAUAGAAGAUGAACGAUUUAAAUAUAAGACAAUAAGUAAAGCAAGACCAAGAAAAGCAUAUAGCGGUAAAACAAGAAAAGUGAACCCGGGAAAAAGAAAAAUCCAAAAAUAGCACAAAAAUUAACAGAAUGGAGACAAAAAAAAGAGCAUGAUAAAAAGAAAGGAAUCAGGGAGAGAAAAAAAAGAUUAAAAAAGACUAAAAGAGAGAAGAAAAAAAGAAAGUGAGCCAAGUAAAUCAAAACAAUAAGAAAAAAAACACACAAGUAAACAAUUAAUUAAAAAAAAGCCAUAUUUUGUACCUCACAGAAGCGCCAUGUAGGAGUCGGCCACUCACUCAUUAACCUGAAAAGUAGAGAGAAAAAAAAUAUUAUUAUAGACAUAACAAAUAUCUAUUUCUACGACAGUAUUGUUCCUAUUCUACUCCUGAUCUAUUUUUUCCGCUUGGCUUAGAAUGAGAUGGACGUGUGUGUGUGUGUGUGUGUGUGUGUGUGUGUGUGUGUGUGUGUGUGUGUGUGUGUGUGUGUGUGUGUGUGUUUGUGUGGUACUAGGUCUCCACUCUGUCUUCUCCCACUGACAAGCUUCAUGUAACUACGGAAAGUAAAAAAAAAAACAAUUUGUCAUAUUUUUAACGUGAAAAAUGGCGCAUAAUUACUGCCCAUAAUUUUCCGUUGAUAGUACUGUUGAUAAAAGUUAACAGCUCUAAAAAAAGUAAAGCGCUGAGCUACGUAUAUAUUUUCAUGAUUUAGUCAAUAAACAAAAUGACCAAAUAAACAACGGACAAACACCGAAGAUUAAACUGCAGUACGGAGGUCAACAAAAUUACUUAGUCCGUUAAUUAAGCUGCUACCUGUGUCGUCCAGGAGCAGACACACCUUAGAGGCCAGGCGAGCAGGUGCCCCUCAGUAAUUAGUGUGUUGGUUACCCAUUAGUUGCUUUCUCUCUGUGCUUAGUUUCCGAGCCAGUAUUCAUUAAUUAGCUACACUGUUUAGACGGUAAUUAAAUCAACGCGAAUGAUACCUGUUAUUUAUCUUGUUCUGAGGAAAAGGUAAAUGAAAAAAAAAACAUAGCAAAAUAAUAAUUAUAAUAAUAAUAAUAAUAAUAAUAAUAAUAAUAAUAAUAAUAAUAAUGAUGCACUGAGGAAGUUAUUUCUACUAAUAAGAGGGUUUUUUGAGACUUUUCAUGUCUAUCUCUAUGAGUGUCUAUCUGUCUGCCUGUUAGUCUGUCUGCCUAUCUAUCUGUCGGUCGGUCGGUGAGUCGGUCUGCCUCGUCUCCUCGUUUAGCAAGGCUGUCUGUCUUAGUUUCACUGGAGGGAGUUAUCAUUUCCUUUCCUUUGUGUUGUUAAUGUUGUUGUUGUUGCUGUUGUUGUUGUUGUUGACUAGAUCUUCCAUGGACCGUGUUGCCGCCACCCUCCCCUCUUUACCCCUCCCCCCCUUAACACCUCCCUCUUACCCCACUACCCUCCUACCCCCCACCAGCGCGGCGCACGCUAGAAUAUCAUAUUGAUAUACCUGUACACAUGUAAGUACUUAGAGGUGAGUGAAGGCUUUAAUAUCAUUAUGCAUAUACGUACAUAAGAUACAUAAUACAUAUACUUAUCCUUCGAUGCAGAUGUAUUAUAGUUUCUCUCUGUGUCCUGUUGUGUUCCUGUUUUGAGUGUGUUGCGCCACGUCACACCGCAGGGCGAGAUUUGUAACUGUCUGUCUGUCUGCCUGUUUGUCUGUCUGUUUGUUGCUGCCUUCUUCUGCGAGGAAAACACUACACAACACAUGAUAGUCGCUUGGUAAAAUGAAAAAAUAAGGAUGCAAUUGAGAAAAGAAUAUUAUAAUACUUGCAAAUUAUUGAGCUAUAUAAUAAGUAUGUGUCUGCCUGCCUGUCUGUUGCUGUUUCCGCGUAAGGAAAACAAGACACAACACAAAAAAAAAAAGUAGUGAGAAGAAAAUAUAUGUGCAACACAAAACCAAAAAAAAAAGAAUAAAGGUAUGAUACAGAGAAAGCAAAUUAAACAUCAGAGGGGAAAAAAAAACAUACUUCAAAGGGCUGAGAAAAUUAAGGGAAAGAAGGAACAGAGAAAGGUAAUAACGCAGAACAAAAAUAUGAUAUAGAGAAAAAGGAAACAUCAGGGAAAAAAGAUAAGCGCCACAAGGCUACAUAAGGCAAAGCGGAGAAAGAAAGCAAAGAAUAGAGGAAGGAAAUCCAAUGAUAGUGAUGCCACCGAGGUUAUAGCUGAGAGUAUUAGUGGAAAUUUAAAAAAAAAGGAAGUAGACAAGACAACCUGAUACAAAAGUGAAAUACAUAAUAA